AUGAACCAAUCAAGCUUAUCAGACAUGAGUGAAACAGGCAUGAGCCAGCCACGCGUAAGCUUAAUUGGUAUGAACCAACUGGACAUGAACCAACCUAGCACCAGCCUACACAAUAUCAACCAACUGGACAUAAACCAACCUGACAUGAAACAACCAGACAUGUGGCUAUCAGGUACAAACCUCACAGACAUAAACCAACCUGGCAUGAAACAACCAGGCCCAUGGCAAUUAGGUACAACCCAACCAGGCAUGUGUCAACCAGGCAUGAGCCAGCCAGGCAUGUGCCAACAAGGCUUGAGCCAACGAGACAUGUGGCAACCAGGCUUGUGGGAAUCAAGCAAGAGCCAACCAGGUGCAUGGCAACCAGGCACAGGGCAAACAAGCUUGAGCCAUUCAGGCACCAGCCAAUCAAGUACAAGUACACCGGGAAUGAGGCAGCUAGACUUGAGUCAAUCAAGUAUAACUCUACCUGGCACUAGCCAACUGGGCAUGAGCCAAUCAGGUACAAGUCUACCAGGCACAAGGCAACUAGAUAUGAGCCAAUCAAGUACCAGUCAAUUAAACAUCAGUCAACUAGGUAGGAGCCAACCAGGCAUACGGCAACCAGAUUUGAGCGAAUCAAGCAUGAGCCAACUAGUCUCGAACCAGCCAGGCAUGUGGCAACCAGGCAUAAGCCAUUUAGUCCUGGGUCAACCAGGCAUAUGGCAACUAGUCCCAAGCCAACCAGGUACACAGCAACCAGGUCUGAGUCAACUACGCACCAGCCAAUCAGGUACAAGUCAACCAAGUAUGAGCCAAUCAAAUCUGAGCCAAAUAAGCGGGACUCAAUCAGGCAUGUGGCAACCAGGUCCUAGCCACCCAGCCCUGAGCCAAUCAGGCCCGAGUCAACAAAAGCCAAUCCAACCAAGCAUAAGUCAUUCGUGUACAAGGCAACCUAGCAUGAAUUCUUUCCGAGUAAGACCUGCAGAGGCUCGAGACUGCCCAGAAAUCCUGCGCCUGAUUAAAGAAUUGGUUGCCUGUGAAAACAUGCUAGAUGCAGUGACAUUAACAGCAGCUGAUUUACUCCGAGACGGCUUUGGGGCCAAUCCCCUUUUCUAUUGCCUGAUUGCCGAAGUAUACAAUAAAAAAAAAACAUCAGUGACUGUUGGAUUUGCCAUGUACUACUUUACAUACAACCCCUGGAUUGGCAAGUUACUUUACCUAGAGGACUUUUAUGUCAUACAAGCUUACCGAGGUCUAGGUAUUGGAGCUGAAAUGCUGAAGAGGCUAAGUCAGAUAGCCAUCAGAAGCCAAUGUAACUGUAUGCACUUUCUUGUUGUCAUUUGGAACCAGGCUUCUAUUGACUACUAUACUCGUCGAGGGGCUUUAGACCUUUCCUCUGAAGAGGGCUGGCAUCUGUUCAGGUUUAACAGAGAAGAACUCAUGGACAUGGCAAGGGAAGAAUGAAAGAGGCCUCAUAACAACCCUUCCCAACCUAGCCUCCAACAUUUGAAUGUCAUCUGAGUCUAACAGCAGUUUGACAUUGAAUACAGCAAGUGAUCACUACAUUGUUGUUUGAGCAGAUAUUUUAUUUUGAAAUAGAUUUUGCUGAUCUAGUCAGCUCUCUAUUGUCCAAACUAAUAUAUUAAUGGCUAGUAGCAGAAUUGAUAAUUCCCAAAUCCCUUAUACUUGGCUUUGGGCUAUUUA